AUGUAUACAACCGCUUCUCAAUUUAAUUCACAGCGAAUCCCUGAAAAAUUUCCUGAAACAAGUCAGGAAUCCGUAUUACAACUCGGUCAUCAAGUAAUGGUUGAAACAGAACCAAAUAAGUACAGAAAACCGAGUCUGAAACCAAUGGCAUCUAGUAAUUUUACUGCAGCUCUUACACCACAGUAUGUUUCUAAUAGCAACAAUUAUUCUCAUUUGCAACCUACUUCAAAUAACCCUAUGUAUUCCAUGCAUCCAAAACCACUUCAAGCUAUGGCUUCUAUGCCUAUGUUUAAAACCACGCACUUUUACAACAAUGUGGAAACAUGUGAAGAUGUUUGUUUUUGGAUUGCAUCUCUUGGUGAGGAAUAUGUGCGUUAUGCGCCUAACUUCAAAAAAAAUAACGUUGAUGGAUUUCAACUUCUCCAUGUUGUUGAUCAGAACAAGCUCGUUCAAUAUGGUGUUCACAAUACAAUGCAUCAACGACGAAUCCUUGAUGUUAGUAAAUAUAUAAGAUGUGAAAAUUUAGCAACAGAUAAAGAUCCAAGUUAUUUACCAAUCGAUGAUCAAAUUUUAAUUUGUCAAUCACAAUCAAUAUCUUCUUAUGAAGCUGAUCAAUUUAAAAUCACAUUAAUUAAUGCCAUAUUAUUUAUAAAUUAUCUAAUACCUAAUCCAACAAUUAUUUGUCUUUUAAAUGAUGGUGCAUCAAGUAAUAUUAAUAUUCAUUCAAUAAAUAAUAAUAUAUUUUUAUUUAUUCAUGAAAAUAUUCUUCAACCAUCUAAUAUUUAUUUAUAUUUAUCAUCAAUAUCAAUUCAAUCAAUAACAAAUCAUAAUAAAAAUUUAUUAUCUAAAAUUCGAAUGAGUUCUUCAUUUGAAAAAUUUUUAUUUAUUGAUGCAGAUAAUGAAAUAGUAUGGGAAUGGCAUAUCCCAUCUACAAAUGGAACAAAUAAAAAAGUUCCAUUUGCUUUUUCUCUUUUUACUCAUAAUAGUCCACAAAAUAAUUGUUAUAGUGAUUAUAUGAUUAAUUGGAUAGCUGGACAUACAAAUAUGAAUCAACGUUUUAAAGCAUUUGUUAAUCAUCAUGUAUUAUUUGAUAUGAGACAUAUGGCUUAUUCAACAGAUGAAUUAUGGUUUAUUGAAUAUGAUACGGGUAGCUUUACUCAACAUGACAAUCUUCAAGCAUUUGAAACAUAUAAUCCAAUUAAUUAUGUUACUAAUUGGGCUCAAUCACUGUUAGUUAUUCAUGAAACUUACGAUUAUCGUAUACUAGACACUCAACAUACUAUGGUCUUUUGA